GCUCUACUAGAUAAACGUGUAUACAGAGGAAUUAAAGUUAGUGGUUGAGAGAGAGAGAUGGCUGCCAACGCCGUCACCGGCAGCUGCAACACCACCUUCCUCUCUUCCUCUCUCCCAAAACCUCCGCCGUCCUCGCAUAAAUUAUUUCCUAUAUCGCGACAAUUUCUCCGCUCUUAUAGAAUCACUGCACCUCAACACCUGACGCUAAUUAGUACUGCUUCAAUUACCCGACUUUCUGUUUCAUCGCCUGAAACUAGCGCUGUUGAAGCAGAACAAACUGACGACGGCGUCUCUUCCACCUCUGCCUCUCUCUCACCGGGAUGUAAUGCCUGUGGAAGGGAAGAGAUUGAGAGGGGUUGUAACGGUGAAGGAAGGAUUCAAGGUGGGAUUGCCACUGUCCCGGGCUUCGGCUGGUGGCCAAUAAAAGCUUACCGGCCUUGCCCUGCAUACCUGCAGUCCGGAGGGAGGUACAGAAGAACAGGCCAAAGCAUGGACGAAGUUGUCUCUGGAGGUGGUGGUGGACGUGCCAAACCUACAUCAAGCAAGAAAAAGGAAGGAUCUGAGUAAGUCAAGAGAUAACUAAAUGUUCAAGAAUAUGCUUCAAUGGUGUUAAGCAAGUUUAAUUUCUAGCACAACAAGAAUCAUCUAGUUUUUCUUGCAUCAAGAAAAGCCAUGUCCUUUCUGUUUAUGUUUUUUUGUUUGUUGGUAAAUGCAACAUUAAAUUUACGGACCGUGCCACACUGGGCUUGAGCCAGAGAUCUUUGUACAUGCAUAUGUGAAAAUUUUUGUUUACAUUCA